ACCACGAACAAAAAGGUACAAAACUUUAUGCACCGCAAUAACAUAAAGAACGUCGUCGAAUUAAAAGACUACUACUUCGCAAACAUUUUCAACAUAACGCGAAGUUUGAAAACCGUGCCCAUCGUGUGGGAAGAAAUAUUUGAUGACAAUAUCCACCUCGAUCCCAACGCCGUGGUCCAUGUGUGGAAGGACUCUUAUGAUUAUUCGAUCUUGUCGAAGGUAAUGAAAAGCGGACACCCGGCGCUGUUUUCCAGUUGCUGGUACUUGAACUACAUCAAGUACGGAGCGGACUGGACGAACUUCUACAGGUGCGACCCGACCUCCGAGGUCGGCGAUAACCGUUUGUUUUUGGGAGGCACGGCGUGCAUUUGGGGCGAGUUCGUGGACGAAACGAACUUAUUGCCGCGCACGUGGCCCAGGACCAGCGCCGUGGCCGAAGUGCUGUGGUCAUACACGCUAAACGAGACUGAAGCCAAGUAGGUACAGGAUCGAGGAACACGUUUGCAGGAUGAGGCGGAGAGGAAUACCCGCUCAGCCAGCAAACGGACCUAGCUAUUGUCAUUACUAGAACCAUAUUACUGUCGUAUAUCUUAUAUUGGAUAAGGACUAUAACUAUAUAUUGUAGAG